AGGUUCGCAAUUAGAAGAGACUGUUAUUGUUAUUUUCUUUUUCAUAUCACUGACUCUCAAUAAUUGAAAAGCUAGGGUUUCAGCUUUUGUUCGCGAACCAGAAUUUCUGUUACGAGGGUCCAGAUAGAGUGGUUUUAUUUGAGGUUGCAGGAUUUGAGCUAUGGGAAAGAGGAAGUCAAGAGCAAAGCCUCCACCUAAGAAGAGAAUGGACAAGCUUGACACUGUCUUUAGUUGUCCCUUCUGCAACCAUGGCACUAGUGUUGAAUGCAGAAUUGAUAUGAAGAACUUAAUUGGUGAAGCAGUAUGUGCAAUUUGCCAAGAGAGCUUUAGUACUACCAUCACAGCUCUAACUGAACCGAUAGACGUUUAUAGUGAAUGGAUUGAUGAGUGUGAACGUGUUAACAAUGUGGAUGAUGAUGGUGCCUAAAGACAAUCUCUCAAGCUAAGAUUCCAGUUUCAAAAUCCGAAUAGCAUAGGUAGUACUAUUUUGGCUUUCUUAAGCUUAUAAUAUCUUAGUCUUUGUCUGGGUCAGGAAGUGCAGAUAAAUAAACAGUGGAAAUGUCUGUGAGGCUGGUUAGGAAAGCGACAAGUAGUUUUUCUUAUGGGUGUUUGAUGAUAAUUGCAAACAGAAAGCAACCAAACGCCAAAAGAGAACCAUGUUUGCUUGAUGUAAUAUUAUGUGUUGGCGUUUAACAUUGGUAAUCAAAUGCCUUGAUAUACUUGUAUUAAUUGCUUGAUGUAAUAUUACGUGUUGGCGAUUAACAUUGGUAAUCAAAUGCCUUGAUAUACUAGUAUUAAUUGCUUGA